AUGUCAUCCGCAACACCAAAGGAAACGCCUGUCAACGCGAAAGACAUCGACAUGGCUCGCCUCAGCGUUCCCGCGAACGCGACACCGAAAACCGAUCGAAAGCCGAGCCGUUUCCGCGGACUGUUCAGACAGCAGUCCAGCUCGAGCGCAUCAUCCAGUCCCGCUACCAUGCAGAAGUCGCCUCCGCCAGUCGCAUUUAGCCCGUUGGCGUCGCCAUAUGUGCGCCCAGGAUACAAACAGAUCGGUCUCCUACCCAGCGAGCAGUCCAUGCACAGCUUACAGCGACUUGGUGAGACUGAGGUUGGCGAUGGCGAGACGAUUGGUUCUACAGCAGUUGAAGAGUCAGAUCUAGGCGCGAUCGACAAGACUCCGAUACGCGAUGCCGGCCGCGGGACGAACUGCAAAAGCCAGGAUAUCUCUCCACGCGCAGCUGGCGAUGCAGACAAACGAAACAGCCCCAAUUAUCCCCAGCACGGCGGCCCCGUCGAAGACCCCAACCUGGUGCGGUACAAAACCACCAGCAUCAAGCGCACAAAUGACUUCCUCAAGAGUGCUCGUAUAUCGCCACAAACCGCACGUCCCAUCGAGACCGCCGACGAGCACGUUUACUCCACGCUUUUGAAUGAAGACGAGCCCAGCCUCCGCAAGUCUUUCGCGUCGAACACCUUCGACGACGACAGUUCGCUAAGUCAAGGCAUCCGCGAGUAUGUCGCCAGCAAGAUCGCCGAAGCGCUGGCCGAGCACAACCGGGAGCGUCAAGACGACGCCGAUGCUACGGUCAACAACAUAGGCCCGCUGAACCUCAUCCUCAAGAUCGACGCGGCCGGCCUCGCCAAAACGAAUAUCUCUAAGCGGUUGACUGUGGACGAAGGAAAGAUCGGCGACUUCCCGGAGCGCCUCACCAUCGGUCCCUUCGAGAUCUCGAAUGCGCAACUAGAACGGGACAUUCAGUUCGGUGUCACGGCCAUGUACGCGAUUACCUUCCUCAGCGCAUCUCUUCUAGGGCCGAAGACUCUGCUUCUUGCUCUCUGGAAAUCGGCGAUCUUUAUGGGGGUCUACGCCGCUCUGUUGCGUCAACUGUGCUGGACUGAGAAAGUCGAGCGCGACGUGCUGCUGGCGCCUGUGUGCUUCGUUGUCAGUGUGGCUACAGGGAUGGGCGAGCAGCUACUUGCUCAGUUGGGCAUGAUGAUGGUUGCGGUACUCGCUGAGGCUGUCGAACGCGCCGCUCAAAGCUGCGAUGUGCAAAUCCAUGCUGACUAG